AUGACUACCCUCGCUGCGCUUUUGGCGCUCCUCUGCCUUUCGGGCCAAGCCAUAAGCACGCCAGCCCCGCACCGUAAACAUCCUGUCGCAAUCACUACCAACGGCUCUUACUACGGGACCUACAACGCUGAAUAUGACCAGGACAUCUUCUUCGGCAUGCCCUACGCUCAGCCACCAGUUGGUGACUUGAGGUUUGCCAGGCCCCAGAGUCUAAACACGUCCUGGUCUGGUCUUCGUAACGCUACCACGCCAGGAUUUUCUUGCAUCGGAUAUGGCCCUGAGUCAUACAUGGCGAGCCCUAAUCACGAGGACUGCCUCAAUCUCGAGGUCAUCCGCCCAGCUCGCGAGGAGAAACCAUUGCCUGUAUUGGUGUGGAUUCACGGAGGCGGUUUCACCGAAGGCAGCAGUACCACCUCGUAUUAUAACACUUCUUUCAUCGUCCAGCGCUCUCAAGAAAUUGGCCAGCCUAUCAUCACCGUGAGCAUAAACUAUCGCUUAGCGGCCUGGGGCUUCAUAUGGUCAGACCAAAUCGUUGAGGAAGGGUUAACCAACCUUGGAUUGAGGGAUCAGAGGAUGGCCUUGCAAUGGGUCCAAGAGAACAUUGCUGCCUUUGGAGGAGACCCUUCGCGAGUGACGAUUAUGGGAGAGAGCGCGGGAUCUGUCUCUGUCAAUAAGCAACUUCUCGCUUUCAAUGGUCGGAAUGAUGGCUUGUUCCACCAAGUCAUAUCACAGUCCGGACCUGCAGCAGGUCAAGGUCCUUGGGAGAGGACCCCUGAGAAGCUUGGACGAGCUACCAUCAAUGUGACGGAGGCCGUCUGCCUGGGUGCAGAGGACAAGUUAGCAUGUCUACGCCAGGCGGACUUUGAGACCCUCAACAACGCUAUCAACGCCUCCCUCAAGGUCCCAGCUGCGGGUUCUUUGUAUGGUCCUGUCAUCGAUGGCGAGUUCGUGGCCGGACCAUCUGCACAACAACUGAGAGACGGGAACUUCCCGCCCGUCACCUAUCUCAUCGGUUCCACGAACGAUGAAGCGUCAUAUUUUGUUCCUCUAGGAAUCAACAGUGAUAGCGACCUUCACGAUGUUCUGUCUGGGGUUAGUAUGGGCCUGAACUUCACUACAGCGACAGCAGUGAUGUCGGCCUAUGGCCACAACGACAACGACUUGUGUCUACAGGGAAUUUCGAACGCGCAACUAAAUGAUACCGUGGGAUACCAGUACCGGCGAUUAACCACCAUCAUGACUGAUGCCAUCUUUAAAGCGGGCACGCAUUUUACAGCUGAACAAUGGAAGUCCCAUAGCAAAAGCGAUGUCUUCGUCUAUAAUGCUCACGUACCCUUUUCUACGGUACCGCAAUACCGCGGUUCAUCCCACGGUUUCGACCUGGCUUACAUGUUCAACAACGUGAACGGAUCAGGCUGGGAAGGAGAAAACCCUCCCUGGGAAGGCCCCAACCCACUCGGUGGCUUGCCAGAGCCAUAUUUGGAACUCGCCCGUGAAAUGACUGGGAUGUGGGUUGGGUUUGUCAACACAGGUGUUCCGCGAUACUCUCAACAGACCGCACCGGAAUGGCCGCCGUACCGUGGAUCCGAUCCGCAAAUCUAUCACUUUGCUGCUGAGCCGACCCAUUUGAAUAUCACGGUUGGGAAAGAGCAGCGGAUCUCGAACAUGGAGUUAAUGGCCAGCCUGGUGUAUUAA